AUGGCUGAGGAAAUCGCUAAGAAGUUCGAGACGCUGCAACUGCACGCUGGUCACACUCCUGACCCUGCUACCAAUUCACGAGCUGUUCCCAUUUAUGCGACGACCUCUUACGUCUUCAAUGACUCGGCACACGGCGCGAGGCUGUUCGGCCUCAAGGAGUUUGGCAACAUCUACAGCCGUAUCAUGAACCCCACUGUCGAUGUCUUCGAGAAGCGAAUUGCUGCUCUCGAGGGCGGUGUUGCCGCUCUAGCUACCUCUUCCGGCCAGGCCGCUCAGUUCAUUGCCAUUGCAACCCUGGCACAUGCAGGUGACAACAUUGUCUCCACAUCAAAUCUCUACGGAGGCACCUACAACCAGCUCAAGGUCUUCCUCCCCCGCCUCGGCAUCAAGACCAAGUUCGUCAACGGCGACAGGCCCGAAGACUUCAAGGCCGCCAUCGACGAGAACACAAAGGCCGUCUACAUCGAGAGCAUCGGCAACCCAAAGUACAACGUUCCCGACUUCGAGAAGAUCGCCGCCGUCGCCCACGAGGCCGGCGUCCCCCUCGUCGUGGACAACACGUUCGGCGCAGGAGGCUACUUUGUCCGGCCCAUCGAGCACGGCGCUGACAUCGUAGUCCAUUCGGCUACCAAGUGGAUUGGAGGUCACGGUACGACUAUCGGCGGUGUCAUCGUCGACAGCGGCAAGUUCGACUGGGGCAAGCACGGGAAGCGCUUCCCUCAGUUCGUCGAGCCCGCCGAGGGCUACCACGGCCUCAAGUUCUGGGAGACGUUCGGCCCCAUCACGUUUGCCAUCCGCGCUCGCGUCGAGAUCCAGCGCGACCUGGGCGCCGCGCUCAACCCCUUCGCUGCUCAGCAGCUUCUCCUCGGUAUCGAGACGCUGAGCUUGCGCGCCGAGAGGCACGGAGAGAAUGCCCUCAAGUUGGCCAAGUGGCUGGAGAGCAACGAGAACGUCAGCUGGGUCUCGUAUCCUGGCCUCGCGAGCCAUCCUUCGCACGAGACUGCUGUGAAGUACCUCAGGAGGGGCUUUGGAGGUGUCCUCUCCUUUGGAGUCAAGGGCGGCGGUGCUGCUGGCAGCCAGGUCGUGGACAACUUCAAGCUCAUCUCCAAUCUUGCCAAUGUUGGCGACUCCAAGACUCUGGCCAUCCACCCCUGGACCACUACCCACGAGCAACUGAGCGACGAGGAGAAGAUCAGCUCUGGUGUAACUGAGGACCUCAUCCGCAUCUCCGUCGGUACCGAGCACAUUGACGACAUCAUUGCCGACUUUGAGCAGUCGUUCAAGGCGUCUGCCACCAAGCCGCAGGAGAAGGGCGACCCUUCGAAUGCCGAGAAGACGGGCGAGACUGCGGGUUCGCUGGCUGGGUCUGUAUAA